AUGGACGUUCCCUCAUCUCCCAGCGGGCUUCGACCCCGUCCCCACCAAUCCCCCUCGCGCCACCAUGGUCUCUCGGCUCUCUCCCCACUGCAGGGCCUCUCACCGAUGCCUACUGCGUCCGUACCUCUGCCCUCACCCCGCAGCGGCCACGCGCGCUCAAUUUCGGGCGAAUCCGAUGGGCGUAGCGCAGGCGGCCACUCUAGGGCGGGUAGCGUGACGCGCAGCCUAAGCAGGCGACAGAGUCUAUAUCAUUCAGCGGCGGAAUGGGGAGAUGGCAAAGAGUACGGGAACGAGAACACAAGUACUCCAGCAUCUCUCUUCAGCCGCUUGACCUUGGUCAAGGCGCCGGCUUCGGAGCAGGCUGGACUCAGGCGUCGCUCCAAGUCAUCGUCCGCACUCGCACCUAUCGGUCUCUCCCAAUCCAUCGAUAUCCCUGCUACCUCACCCCGGGCUCCCCGUCGCAGCUUUGCGUCAAGCUUCAACACAUUCUCGCCCAUGACCCCAGCGAAGGCGUCUCCGGUCUCUCACGCUCCUGGUGGCCCGGACGCAGUUCACCGCAUCUCCACCAUCUACUCGGCGGCGGACAACGAGGGCGGGCGAGCUAAGUCAUACACACCAGACGAGGUCGUCGAACUCGCUCGUGGCUUGGCCAGUCCCGUACUCAUGCCCGAGGGCGGGUUCAAGGGUGCGGAGCUCAAGCGCCGCAAAUCCGCGGGAGCCAGCUACAAGCGGUCACCGAGCUAUUCCGGCAGUCUUGCAUCCACCCCAGAGCAGCACCCACCCACCGCGCUCGAACCUGUCGAGUACGUCCAGUUGGAGGAUGACUGCCUCCUCCCCUUUGUCGAUCGUGCCGCCGAGGUCGGGGAUCUCAUGAAGCACUCUAGCAACGAGAAGAUGUUCACUCUUCUCCGCGCAACCUUCCCCAAGGACCGGGCGAGGCGGAAUUGGCAGGAAAUCUCGCCGGAGAGCUGGAACUGGGACGAGUUCAAGCUCCACCUCACGGGUACGGACCGGCUCGAAUGCCCGGACUAUCAAUGGAUCUUCCGCGCUCGACAGGCGGUCCGGCAGCGCUCGGUCGCAUUGUGGGAGAAGGUCGGCGUAUGUCUGGGAUGUGAUGACCGGCUCUUGAAUGCUGGAGGAGAGGAUGGGGCGGCUCAGACGUGGGGCGGUCUAGAGGGCCUGGACGACGAUGACGGAGCGGCAUACAGGAUGGCCAGCCAGGUCUGGAUUGAGGGAAUACAACCCGUGGACCAGGAUAUGGCGAGGGCGCAGCAGGACUUCAUCGAGGAGUUUGGAGAAAUCGUGGAGGACGAUCCGGAGGCCACGGCGGGGAUGACGGCUCUUCUGGGCUCGAUCGGGGAGGAGAAUGAGGGCGCGGGCGGAAGCUCGGGCAAGGCUGCGUCGCAGACCACAGCGCAACGGGCUGGAUCAAGGCACCAGCGCGAUCCGCUCAUGUCGCCCGUCACCGGAUCAUCUGCCCUACGACGGGACUCGGCCGCCGGCUCGCCCAGUCCUUCCCGUGCAGCUCCGAAUGCGAAGAGCCGCACCAAGUCCUUUGUGGGUCUCACCAUCGUCUCGUCCUCCGGUUCACCGCAGGCGGCAUCCUACCACGGUCCGAGCCGAAGCGCGAGCGUUUCGCAAGGUCUCGGCCUCGCCGGAACUUCGGGCGCCAACACGCCCACGAUGCAUAUGGGGAUGAUGUCCCCUUCGACUUCGCACCACCACCAAGCCCCCAUCCUGGACCGCGGGCCGGGAUCUACCCUCUUCCCCUCGAGCUUCUCAACGCUUAGCGCAGAGCCGAACCUAGGUAGAGCGGCUAGCGGGCUGGUGGGCGGAUUGAAGAGUCCGGAUGUGGAGAAUCAGUUCUCACAUGGCGGGUGGGCAGAGAUGAAGCGGGGUCUGGGCAGGAAGCAGAGCGGGACUGGAUUGAGCGAGAGUGCAAUCACGUUUGCGAGCGAGUCGGAUUAUGAGCAUUCGGCUGGUCACCACGACUAG